GAUAGGCUGAGCAAACACACUUGAAGGUCUCCUUCCCUCCUGUGGCUGCCCGUUUCUCAAACCCUCUCAGAAUGGAAGCCCUCGAUGCCUCCCUCCAACCCAGCUCUCUCUCCUUUUGACUGUGUUUCACCUCCCAGAUUCUGGUAAAACAAAUGUGACCCAGCUUCAAGGCCAGUGUGGUUCCCUAUUCUCACUCUGGGAUUAAAGCACAGUCGGCUGGCCUGAGUAUCAGCCUGAGGUACUGCAGGAAGGCAGCAGCGUGACCAGAGCAGCCUGCAGCAGCCAUGGUCCCAACAAAAGCUCUAAUCUCUUCCCUCCUCCUGCUGCUGUCACUGACGCUGAUGCCCGCCGUCUUCAGCAGCCCAAAUUCAGAGGUCGCCAGAGGCCACAAGGACCAGCGCCAAACUUCUGGGCGGUGGCUCUGGGAGGAUGGCCAAGAAUGUGAGUGCAAAGGCUGGUUCCUGAGAGCUCCUAAAAGAAAACUCAUGACGGUUCAUGGGCAAGCAAAGAAACACUGUCCGUGUGAUCACUUCAAGGGCACUGGGAAGAGAACCAGACAUCAGAAGUACCGCCGGCACCCAAACAAGCACUCCAGAGCCUGCCAGCAAUUCCUCAAACGGUGUCAACUAGCAAGCCUUGCUUUGCCCCUGUAGGAGCUCCAAGAGCCCACUCUCCUUCCGAAACAUUCUCAGUCCAGAGGGCAGCCAGUGUGCCUAGAGAUGUUCUUCAUCUUUCCACUCCUUGGUUUCACCCUCUAAAUCAUUCCAGUGCUCUCAAAGGGCAUUUUCCCAAGAUCAUAUUAAUUACCAUUCCUCCUGGAAAGAUCCAGAAAACCCCAGCUUCCUACCCAGUCUCAACCCUAAAUACAGGCAGAAAGUAACAAACAGAAGUCAGUAAAUAUUGUUACUUGUUAACAGAUCAAAAAUACUUCUCUCAGACAGGUUCUGCCAAAUCAGUUCACUUCAAAGCCAGCCCUAGUUUAAACACAUUUUCCACCACCAUGAUCCUUAUUUUUUCUCCACUGUCCAACCUCUUCAGUUUUUCAACAAAUUUCUGUAGGUAAGAGCUAGGGACAAGAAAAACAGGU